UUUUUUUUUGUUCGUUCAUAAUGUGACGCCUUAGCUUGACGGCUGCGACUUCAAAUGAAAAAUACGCACACUCAUGCAAUUUCUACAUCGAAACGAAAUGCGAAAGUGUUUUUUCUUGUGCGUGUGUGUGUGCGUUUGCUGUAUUUAAGCCGCAUUUUUUUCAAUUUCAUUCUACCUAACCAAACCAGAAUAUUUGUGAAUCGUGUUGUUUCGAUUUAUUGAGUCAUUGUUUUCAUUCGUUUUGUUUUUUGAAACCGUUUUUUUUUUCUAUCAGAAUCUAUUGUUAUUUAGUUUGUUUUUGUCGAAUUGUAAUCUCAAAGAAUCCAAACGAGAAAAAAAGACGGCCGUUUACGCGCCAGAGUGGUGUGAUUAGUUGCCUGUACAUUAUAAAUCAUUUUUCGAAAUUUCAUUUGGAAAUCUUGUUCUCUUGGUCCGGUGAUGAAUGUGUGCGCGAAAUGAUCAACUUCAUUAGCCAAAGAGCCUCGGCGACUAGAGAAAGAUGAAAAAACAAUAGAGACCUAAAGCAUCUUUUUGACAUUUUUUUUCUGUUUUCAUGUGAUUUUCUUCGCAGGUUUAUGCUCAACCGUCAAACGCACAGGACAUUCAAAUGAAUCCCGUGAGAAAUAUAAACAAUUUACUAUCGAGCGGAACAGUGAGCGUCACUGAUUCACCACAGACUCGAAUAACGAAGCGCAAAUGCUGUAUCUGCGUUAAGCAUAUCGGUAAAAAUGACAUAGUUUCCGGCAGAUCCAUUACAACUGAAUCACUUACAGAGAUCCGAAAAAAAAUUGAUCAAAUUGUUAAAAAAGCAUUCACGGUCACCGUCAAUGUGGACGAUGUAAUUUGUAAGCGAUGCAAGGACUUAUUCGACCAAAUGGAUGGGCUGGAAACAAAGAUGGAUCGUGUCAAAAGCUGCAUUUUGAAUUUAAUUAAAGAGAAACAUUGUAUAAAUGACAACGGUAAUGCUAGUGCAAGCAGCACAAAUGUUUCGUACAUGGAAACGCCCCCUGCCAAAAAACGGAGGCUCAACACAAGUGUUGGUACGAUCAAUGCGAAUUAUACGAACCGAAAGACGAGCAACGGUGACGGUGCCGAAGAUGACACCCGAAAAACAACGACCGUACCAUUGUUGCAGCCCAUCCAGUCGCAGCCAGUGAAUCAAUUUGCCGGGAGUGUCAGUGCAAUUGAUGAUGAUAUCGAUUACACAUUUGUCGAAUUUAACGAGACGGCGCCACAGAAUAGCUUUAGUUCAACACAAUCGGUGCAGCCAGUAAAUCAAACGAAAUCACCACGUCAGCGGCGGAAAGACGCCUAUCCCUGCAAAUUCUGCACAGACUCCUUCUCAAGCGCGGAUGAUUGGAAGCAACAUAACGCCUCAGUGCAUGAAAGAUUCCUCCCAUGCAUUGAAUGCAAAAAGGCCUACCGAUCGCAAAAGUUCUACGAUUUGCAUAUGACACUCAAACACCCAAAAAAUCCUGUCAAAAAUAACAAAAAAACCGGGCCACAAUCCGUUGCUGUCACACCGACCGCAAUCAUUCAAACACAACCAAGCACAUCUAUCGGAGGAACUGCCAACAAUACCGAAGGCGUGGUGACAUCAAGCCAUGAAAGUUUGUCCGAUGGAAACACAUACGAUAUCACCAUGACAACGGAUAACGCAGCCAUCGUUGACGAACAUUAUGAAAACACACAAGGGGCCAACGUUAGCAGUUCAUCCGGUGACAAUAUCGAUUUGGUCGAUUAUGGUGACUUCUUCGAUGUUAGCAAUGUUGGUGGAGGCGGCGAUGGUGGUGGAGACGACGACGAUGGAGAUGAAGGUCAUUUAGACAGCGAGUAUGUUACAUGGAAACAAUUCAGAAAAUUUAAGAAAGAAUUAAAGAAAGACAUCAAGGAAGACAUCAUUGAUCUCCGCACAGAUAUCGGUAAAGACAUCAUUAAUCUCCGCACAGAAAUCCGUGAAGACAUCAUUAAUCUCCGCACAGAAAUGCGUGAAGACAUCCGUCAAAUUAUCUGCACAGAAAUCGGAGCAUUUUGGAAUGACGGUCAAAGAUCUGUACCACAAGUGCCGUGAAAGUUUUCUCGUCAGUUCGGAUUCCACGCUGCGAACACAGCUCAUCGAAUUCGUGGACCAUAAAAUGGCCAAGAUUAAACGUAGCCACGAUGGUACAAUCAACAUACAAAUCCUAUCAGCAACAAAACGAUUGAAUCCACAGACACCCAUUUAGUUUUUAUGCUUUGAACAUUGAAGUUAAUUAAUUUAAUCAAUUAUUAGACAUAAGCAUUCGCUCAAUGAAUUUUCAUUUGUUUUCGAUUAAAAAUGUUCGUUUUCAUUCAAAAAAAUGCAAAAAAAUUCAAAAAAUUUGAAUGUUGAAAA